AUGGCUCGGGAUCCGCGCCACGGCUGGUUUGGCCGGCUCCGCGACCUCGAGCACGAGACGCUCAAGCACGUUGCGCUCACGGCGCAGGCGUCACGCGUCCGGCUGCGCGGCGGGUCGGCCUACACCAACUACACGUACACGAUUGUGGCGUCGCCGAACGCGCGCUGGGCGAUUGACCGCCGGUACUCGGAGUGCCACCGCUUCAAGGCGACGUUGCUGCGGGCCAUGGAGCGCGUGCCACCCAACGUGGCCAUCCACGUCGCGCCGGUGCUCGAGUUGGACUUUCCGAAAAAGAGCCUCUUUGACGCCAAGCGCAUUGUCGGCGAGCGCAAGCACAAGCUCAAGCUCUUUCUCUACGGCUGCCUCGAGGUGCGCACGUCCUUGUACCUCCAUACGGUCGUCUUUGAGUCGAACGCCGACUUGCGCGUGCACAGUCGCUGCACCGAGCUCCUCGAGCUCCUCGACGCGUUUCUGGAAAUACCACCGCUGCAAAAGGACGAGCUGCGCAAGAAGGCGACCGCGCUACUGCUUCUGCUGCAGCAGGAACCGCGCACCUCGUCGCUCUCGACGCCCGAGCUCGAUAUGGAUGGCGUUGGACUUGCGGCUCCGGUCACGCUGCCGUGCGGCCACGUCUUUCACUGCGACUGCGUCCUGCCGUGGCUCGCCAAGGACCACUCGUGCCCCCUCUGCCGCGGUAGCCUUCAUUAG